AUUCUUAAUUUCAACAUUUGUUUUUUCCUUUAUAUUUUCACUACUCCUUAAUCUAUUUUAACUAAUUAGCAGCAACUUUUCCACUUCCCAACUCCACCAUUUCCGUCCCUUCUUCCUCUCCACUCUCAAAACAAGCAACCUCCCUUCCAAAUACCCAAAAACAGAGUCAUCUCAUCUCCCCUUCAAAUCUUCAAUACAAGUUUCCAAAUACAACAACAAUGGCACAAUCUAUAGAAUCGUCUUCCUCAUCAUUCUCCACCAUCUCUGCUUACUUCCGGGCCCUGAGUCAAACCCCGCAACGCCUCGCUCGCCGAGCCAUUUCCGUCUCCACCCCUUUCGAGGAGCUCAGCCAUGUCCGAGCCCGCUCCGGGCCCGACAUGCGACGAUCCCUCCGUUGGUACGACCUCGUUGCCCUCGGCAUCGGCGGUAUGGUCGGCGCUGGCAUCUUCGUCACCGCCGGUAAAGCCUCUCAUUCUUACGCUGGCCCUGCCGUCGUCCUUUCCUACGCCAUUGCCGGCCUUUGCGCUCUUCUCUCCGCCUUCUGCUACACCGAGUUCGCCGUUGAUAUCCCCCUUGCCGGCGGCGCCUUCACCUAUCUCCGCGUCACCUUCGGGGAAUUUGCUGCAUUUUUAACUGGAGCAAAUUUAGUGUUGGAUUAUGUACUAUCCAAUGCCGCCGUUGCUAGAAGUUUCACCGCUUACUUCGGCACCGCAAUCGGUAUCUCCACCUCUAAAUGGAGGUUUACUCUCUCUCUCCUUCCUAAAGGCUUCAAUGAAAUCGACGUCAUUGCCGUCCUCGUCGUUCUCAUCAUCACCAUCAUCAUUUGUUAUAGUACAAGGGAGAGUUCAGUAGUGAACAUGCUUCUAACAGCACUACAUUUGAUAUUCAUUGGAUUCAUAAUAGUGUUGGGAUACACAAAAGGAGAUGUAAAGAAUUUCACGAAACCAGAAAACCCGAAUAACCCGGGUGGGUUUUUUCCAUACGGGUUAACCGGAGUAUUUAAUGGAGCAGCAUUGGUUUACUUGAGUUACAUUGGAUACGACGCCGUUUCGACAAUGGCUGAGGAAGUUCAUAACCCGGUUAAAGAUAUUCCAAUUGGAGUUUCGGGUUCGGUUAUUAUCGUCACUGUUCUAUACUGCUUGAUGUCUAUUUCCAUGUCCAUGCUCCUUCCAUACGACGCCAUAGACCCAGAAGCAGCAUUUACAGGGGCAUUCAAGGGAGAAAAAGGAUUGGAAUGGGUGUCAAAAGUGAUAGGAAGUGGGGCAAGUUUUGGGAUAUUGACAUCAUUAAUGGUGUCGAUGUUGGGACAAGCUCGUUACAUGUGUGUGAUCGGACGGUCAAACGUAGUUCCAUCUUGGUUUGCUAGGGUCCACCCGAGGACAUCUACACCCGUCAACGCUUCCGCUUUUCUCGGAAUUUUGACAGCAGCCAUUGCAAUGUUCACUGAUCUUGAUAUUCUUCUCAACCUAGUAUCAAUUGGCACGCUCUUUGUCUUCUACAUGGUCGCGAAUGCUGUAGUUUAUCGACGAUAUGUAGCUAUAGGAACGACAAAUCCGUGGCCUACAUUGUCGUUCCUUUGCUCUUUUUCAGUCACCUCUAUUCUGUUCACACUAAUAUGGCAUUUUGUACCAUCUGGUAGACUUCAAGAUAUAAUGCUCGGCGUAUGUGCCAUCAUUGCCAUAGCGCUCUUGCAGUUAUUUCAGUGGCUCGUUCCUCAGGCACGUAAACCUGAGUUUUGGGGUGUUCCUUUGAUGCCAUGGCUACCAUCAAUGUCUAUAUUCCUCAACAUUUUCUUGUUGGGCUCACUCGAUGGACCGUCGUUUAUUCGAUUUGUAUUUUUCUCUGUUCUUGCUACUGUUGUAUAUGUAUUGUACAGUGUCCAUGCUAGCUUUGAUGCAGAGAAAAAGGGGUGUUUAAGCACAAAGAACGACAGAAUGGUCUUAAAGCAACAAGAAAUGGGUGGUGUUUGAGUUCCUAUAUGAAAUUAUCAUUUAGUCUUAGCUAGUACUACGUAUAAAGUUCUUUGUAACAUUCCUUAUCUAUCCUCUUAUAAUUGUCUUUUGACAUUGUUAUUACUUAGCUUACUCUCAUGUACAAGUCAAAAGAAUUCAGUAGAGGGAAUUUUGUUAAAAAGUGAAAUAUAAGGAAUGAGAUGAGAAUUGUGCGUCGUUUAGAAUUAGUAAUCACAUUGUCUCACUUUCGAACUAGAAUUUUGUGUUUUGACUAAAAUAUGUUUAAUAACAAGUUU